AUUCAACCAUAUUUUUUAAAUUCAUUAUCAUAAACUACAUAUUGCAUGUUCUUGUUGGUACAAUAAAAGUGACCAUUGAUUCAAAUUCUGUAUCAUUUGAAUGCGUUAGGCACAUUGCGAUGUUUUGAAAUUGCGACGUUUAUUUUGAAGGUUUCCUCAUUACCGUACGAAAGUUACGUCAUUUUUUUGGCUCGGUCUCAGGAAGAGAAAUCUGCAACAUCAGUCAGUCAGUCAAUGUUCCGUUCAGCAACUGGAUACAAGACACGGAAUUAAUUACAUCUCACUAAGCGCUAACAGGAGCAAUUAGCCUUCUGCUGGAGAGAACCAGGACAACACUACUCCACGGAGGCACUUUUAGGCCUAAAUAGGUAGGAGGGCUGUGUCUGGUAAGCGUGGCAGGGGGAGUGGCUGACCUUCAUGCUGAGAGGUCACGGAGGAGAAGACCCAUGGAUGAUGGUCAGUGUGAGAGGGAGGGGCCAGUGUUGUCUGAGGGUCAGGAGGGUGGGGUCAACCUCCACUGCAACCAAUCAGACCCCUCGGAACCAAAUCGGAACCAAAACCAGAACUGGAUGCAGACUCAACUAGAUGAUGGUCAGAGGGUUGGACGAGACAUCAUCCAACAAAACUCUUUAAACAACAAUGUGGAGGAAGAGGAGGAGGAGGAGGAGGAAGGUAGAACGGUGAAGGGAGAGGGAGAUGAGGAUGAUGUGAUUGUGGAAGAAGAGGAGGAGGACAGCAGCGUGACUCGCGGCCAAUCACCCGACACUCCUAUGACUGACUGUUCCUUCUCAGACACAGGCAGUCCGGUAGAGCUCCGGCCCUCUGUGUCUCCAGAGACUACAGAUCCCAUCAGCUCCCAAGCAACAAGUCCAGACGAACCCUGCUACAGUGACCCUGCGGGCGAGACACACACCUCCACCACAAGCCCCACCUGCACCACAGGGCCUACCACCUCCACCACAGGCCCCACCUGCACCACAGGGCCUACCACCUCCACCACAAGCCCCACCUGCACCACAGAACCUACCACCUCCACCACUGGCCCCACCUGCACCACAGAACCUACCACCUCCACCACAAGCCCCACCUGCACCACAGAACCUACCACCUCCACCACAAGCCCCACCUGCACCACAGGGCCUACCACCUCCACCACAGGCCCCACCUGCACCACAGAACCUACCACCUCCACCACAAGCCCCACCUGCACCACAGGGCCUACCACCUUCACCACAGGCCCCACCUGCACCACAGGACCCACUGUUUCCACCACAGGCCCCACCACCUCCACCACAGGCCCUACUUGCACCACAGGCCCUACUUGCACCACAGGCCCUACUUGCACCACAGGACCUACCACCUGCACCACAGGACCUACCACCUGCACCACAGGACCCACCAUUUCUACCACAGGACCUAUCACCUCCACCGCAGAGCCUAUUCCUAGCCCUGUCCUCCUGGCCACCUUAAAGGAGUUAGGGGAACGGGGAGAUCACUCCCACCUGCCUCAGUACCUCCAUCAGGUAGCCGAGGCCUUUGUCCUCCAGGAAGAUUAUGAGAGAGCGGUUUGGUGUGUUCAGCUAGAGAGACUCUACCACCAGCGACUACUGAACAACCUGACAACACUGCAGGAACAGUGGGAGAGGCGGUGUAGGGCAGACGGUCGGGGAGAGAGGAACAGCGACACUGACCUCACUGCACAGCAGCUGGACAUACUCACACACAUCUGCAAAACACACCAACGACCCAGUCCUGGAGAAGAGAAGGCUGUGGACUCUGUGCUGAAGAGCCCUGUUUGUGGUGAGGACAGAUUGCCUGCAUGCCGCUCAGUUCGGUUAUUUGAGUGUUUGUUGGGGAUGGAGGAGGACCAGAGAGGAACAGACUCCACCCUCUCCCAGAGCAUCAACCCAAUCAAAUCAGCCGGAGCCCUGAAGGACAGCCUCAGCUCCAAUGACUGUGCUGUUCUGGGUGUGGCACAGGACUGCAGAGACUCCCAGGGGAUUGGGAGGGCUGAGUUCACAGAUUCUCGGAGCGAAGGAACGGGUCAGCAGACGGAGAGUGAGAUGGAACACACCACUCAGGAGGGUUGCACUACGCCGGACCGCCCUACGGAUGGGGAAAUGAGCCAACCCAAGCAUGAUGAUCAGCAGGGAGGAGAGGAAAAACAGGAGGAGGUGGAAGAGGCAGAGGAGGCCUUGGCAUUAGAGGAAGAGGAGAAUAGAGAUGGUGUUGAUUGUUUUAAAGCUCCUCUAGAGGAGAUCUCAGCCUUAGCAGUGAAGGAGCAGCUCAUACUGGAGGAGGCCCAGCUGCGCGAGGAGGCCCAGCUGCGCGAGGAGGCCCAGCUGCGCGAGGAGGCCCAGCUGCGCGAGGAGGCCCAGCUGCGCGAGGAGGCCCAGCUGCGCGAGGAGGCCCAGCUGCGCGAGGAGGCCCAGCUGCGCGAGGAGGCCCAGCUGCGCGAGGAGGAGUAUGAUAUGUUUGGAGUGGACAUGGUGGAGACUAUCAGAGACCGGGUGGCUUCUCUGGACGACCUGGCCAAACGCAUCACAGUGGAGGAGAUGACCCCUGUCCCUGGCCUUGUGUCCAUCCUGAAGAGGAGGAGUGUGUGUGUGGAGGAUGUGUGUGUGGCUCCCUUCUCGGCCCCACUCAAACACAAACACCCUACUAAACGAAGGGUUCGCUUCAAAGUACCUGACGACGGCUUUGACCACGACGAGGUGGGCGGAGACUCCUGCCUGCUCCUCUUCCUGCUUUGCCUGGUCACCGUGGUGAUCAGCCUGGGAGGCACCGCCCUCUACUGUGCCCUGGGCGACGCCCAGUCCACUGUCUGCACCGACUUCUCCCGUAACGCUGACUUCUACCUCGCACAGCUGCAUCGUGGGAUGGAUCAGCUCCAAAAUUGGCUAACCCCCGGGUCUUAGCUGACCCCCAAGAGGAGAGGAGCAAUGGGGGGAGGAGAAGAGAAAUAGGGGGAGGGAAGGAAAGGAGAGGGGGAGAAGAAGGGGACAGAGGAGGAAAACUCCCUCAUUUUGCAGAGUGGAUACUCGCCUCUCUUUAUGUCCUGCCCUGUUUUAAUCUCUCUUUCUCUCUCGCUCUCUCUCUCUGGCAGUCUUUCUGUCUUUACUGGCUGGCCAGUUAAAGUGUGUUUAUGUGUGGCGGGAGAGAGAGAGUGAUUGAACGAUGUGUGUGUCUGUGUGGUACUGGUAGGCUGCAUCCACACUAACAGUUCCCUAAGACAUCUGCAGUGCUGCCUAGUAGAACUAGUAGGACUGACCUAGGACCUAUAGUAUACUGGACUACCCAUAGGCGUCAACUGUACACUACUGGACGUAGACUGACCCGAAGUCAGCCCAGAGGAAUGGAUAAUACUCAUUACCACUGACCUUGGACCUGCUCACUACUACAUGGACCUGUCCUCUGGGUCCUUCAGGCAUGGACAGAACUGCUCACCUGCGCAGACAGGAAGUGCUUGUGUAGCCAUUUCAGAAACCGGCACAGCUCUUUGUUUACUGCCGCCAUUUUUAAUCUCAUCUACACCUCCAAAAUAUGAACAAUUCUGCUGUGGUCAGAAACAUGAAAUAAUGUCUUUAAAAUAAUCUUCUAAUAAUGAAUGUUUUGUUGUAAUGAAACAGAUUUGACUUUCCUUUAUGUUCCUCACUAUUGAGUAUUUUUAUGUUGUAGGUAGGGUGUUUCUUUGGGCUGAGGAUAGAAGUUGCCCCGAAUCACAGAUCUAAGAUCAUAUCUUAACCGUAUUCUCAACCAGGAAGGGGAUGAAAUAUCUGACCCUGUAUCAGUGGAUAGGGGAAACUUCUACCCCUUCUGUUUAUUGGGUUGUUUUGGGGUACAGAUAGUUCAGCCUGAUUGUAGCGUUGGCCCCUUGAUGACCCUUACUGUGUGUCAGACAGAGAUAUAUGCAACAUGGACAAGAAAGCAAUACAUGUCUGUAACCGUGUGUGUUAAAGAAUGUUAUUUUAUUUAUUUUGUUCUUAAAAAAAUGUUUUACUCCUUUUUCUCACCAACUUCGUGGUGUCCAAUUGGUAGUUACAGUCUUGUCUCAUCGCUGCAACUCCCGUACGGACUCUGGAGAGGCGAAGGUCGAGCGCCGAGUGUCCUCUGAAACACGACCCAACCAAUGUCCGCUUAACCCAGAUGCCAGCCGCACCAAUGUGUCGGAGGAAACACAGUGCACCUGGCGACUGUGUCAGUGCGCACUACACCCGGCCCGCCACAGGAGUCGCUAGUGCGCGAUGGGACAAGGACAUCCCUGCCGGCCAAACCCCCUCCUAACCCGGACGACGCUGAGCCAAUUGUGCGCCGGCUGCGACAGAGCCUGGACUCGAACCCAGAAUCUUUAGAGGCACAGCUAGCACUGCACCACUCCGGAGGCCUGCUCAGGCAUGUCUAUAUAUUUAUCUUUAUUGUGAAAUAAUUAUGGGCAUCAUCAUUGGAUUGUCAUGAUCAGUCUUACCCCAGUUCUUUACCUCCUGCGAUCAAUGGAAUCAAUUGAUGUAUUUUUUUACAUGUACAUUUUUUAUUAGUGCUUUUUUUUUUUUUUUUUUUUAACUUGUAGUCUAUUUAAUCAAUGAUCUGUUACUUUUUUGUGUCAGUUGGUGGAAAUGCACAAAGUCAGUGUGUCGUUUUAGUUUCGUUAGGAAAAGUUCUGUAGACGUGGAUCAUUUGAUGAAGCAGGCUGGGCUCUCAGGCUACAUCCCAACUGUCAAGUGGCUUCCUCUCCUCGUCUAUUCUCCUUCCUCUCCUCCCUCUCCUCGUCUACUCUCCUUCCUCUCCUCGUCUACUCUCCUUUCUCUCCUUCCUCUCCUCCCUCUCCUCGUCUACUCUCCUUCCUCUCCUCGUCUACUCUCCUCCCUCUCCUCCUCUACUCUCCUCGUC